AUGUCGGCUCCAGAAGCCUCCAAGGCAUUAUCAGCCCCAUCUUUGGCUCCGAUUGCCUGCCCUGAUCAGGAGCGACGCAGUCAAAUUGUCCUCGAACUCGUGGCAGAGAACACCACACUGAGUGCGGAUCGCGUUCAAGUUCUCUUCGACCUUGCCAAAAAGGAGGUACUCCGACAACUGGUGGCUUCCAACAAGGCGCCGCCCGCUAUCUCAGAAUCAUACUGCUCCUGGCUGGCAGAGAAGAUGGUCUGGACGCGCUUCGUUCCUGACGAGCCAUUUUCUUUUGUGGAACCACAGCUUUCUCCCGGUCUCUUCCUGCAGCCGUCGGCGGAAUACGUCACCGCUCUCUUACGCAACAUUACAAAGCAAAGAAAACUGAUGCUCGAAGCUGCUGCCGGAAGCCCGACCGAGCCAAAUCCGAAAUGGCGGUCGAAGAAGAUCUCUCCAAUCCAGCGGAAGAAGCUCAUGAGUGCUACCUUGCACCAGGACUCGCGGCCUGCUAUCACAAAGACAAGACAUCUGACGAUCAGGAGUCCCUUUAGCCUCACACUUCACAGCAGCCUGUGGAAGAACAAUGUCGAUCAGCUCAAAAGAAUUUUGCCCGGCUCACAGACACUUCCUGCUGUACUCUGCCCCUGGGGUCGUGAUUCACCACUGCGACUGGAGGUUACUACCUCGGCCUUAGCUCGUGGCUUCUUGGACGUUGUCUUACUGCUUGAUAAAGAAUCACUAGAGAGCAUUGGCGGCACUUUAACUGAGCAAUACGUAUCAGGGUACAUGUUACUGCUCAAAUGGUAUCUCCACAUUUUUGGCCAAACUCAGGAUAAGGACUCGCUCGGCGUCAAUCUGUAUGGUGCCGUCAUAUAUCAGCGUGAGAAGGCGUUAGGUCACCCAUUGGAUGAAGCCUACAGUUGGGUAGACAAUCCAAUUGACCUUAAAGUCAUGCAUGAGCAAAUUGCCUGUGCAGACACCUCGCUAUGGCUGCAUUGGCAGAAAGUAGCCGAGACCGCGUACUCAACGUCUGAGAUCACUAAGGCAAAGACAUUUGAGGAAGCGAAAGCAGUCAUAUACAAGACUGCGGACAACGACUCCAUGUCGGGGAUCAAGAGAGAGCACGCCCUGCUGCUGCUUCACGAGAUCUGGCAGCGCAGGGGUUCGUUCCUUGAUCGGUUCGAAAUCGAAAAAGAGUACGAUCGACUCGUUAGCGACUACCUCCUUCCGGACGCCGUUUCCAUACUCGACACCUUCUUUUACACCAAUACAAUGCCAGAGAAGAUGCGUGAGUGGGUAGCAGCAAAUCCAUUCGAUAUCAAACGAAAGGAUACGGAGCAAUUGUGCGAGCUUAUGUGGAGGGCAUGGCGGCAGCGCACGGCGGGCUCUGAGGAGAAACAAAAGGGAGUUCUCUUUCUGUAUCAAGUGCAGCAUACUCGGAAGAUGUACCGAGAAUAUCUCGCCGAGCUCAAGCUGUGUGGCAAAGGCGUGGAAGAGUUGAAAGAGUUCGUGAGCAAGAACGAAGCGCGAUUCCAUCUGUCGGAAGAAAUUCGGUUGCAAUUGGCACUUGACGAGUACGAAAAGCAGCUUGAGGCUUCAGCACUUGUUGUGUACCAAAAGGAGGGUGUUGAGGAGACCGAGACUUCCCAGAAUGGCAAGAAGGAAAAAGAUGCCGAGCAGCAGCGUAGUGGAAAUGGGGCCGCGCCCCCUGAGCAACAACCAGAGUGA